UCAUUUCUCCAGCAUCAGAGUCCAAGUCAAUACAAACCCUACUUCCAUUUCCUUAUAACCAUUUUCCUUUUUGGUUCUCUCUCAAAAUUAAUACCAGCUGAAAAAAUUUUUGAGCUUGAAAUUUUAAAGAAAAGGGCUGCUAUGGAGUCUUCGGUGGUUUCGGAGCUCGAAGGGACUCUUUCGAGAGAUCCGGAUCCCUUCUCUUAUUUCAUGUUGGUGGCGUUUGAGGCUUCUGGUUUGCUUCGGUUUGCGUUGUUGUUGGUGUUCUGGCCGGUGAUUCGGUUGCUUGAUGCGUUGGGGAUGGAAGAUGUUGGGCUUAAGUUGAUGAUAUUUGUGGCUACAGUGGGUGUGAGGGAGUCGGAGAUUGAGUCAGUGGCGAGAGCGGUGUUGCCGAAGUUUUAUAUGGAUGAUAUUGACAUGGAGGCUUGGAGGGUGUUUAGCUCGUAUGAUAAGAGAGUUGUGGUGACUAGGACGCCCAGGGUCAUGGUGGAGAGGUUUGUGAAGGAACAUUUACGAGCUGACGAGGUGAUCGGAACCGAGCUCAUCGUGAACCGGUUUGGAUACGCCACAGGGUUAGUUGACGGUGAUAUCAGUUCAAUCUCACGGCUAGUCGCCAAAUUGUUUGUUGAUGAAGAGCCUAGCUUAGGACUAGGAAGGCCUGGAUCAGGUUCUUUUAAUUUCUUAUCUCUAUGCAAGGAAGAAAUGCAUCCGCCAUUCCACACCGAGCAAAUACACCCUGACCACCAGAUCCUUCGCCCACUCCCGGUGAUCUUCCAUGACGGCCGCCUUGUAAAGCGUCCAACUCCAUCCACCGCACUCCUAAUCCUCCUAUGGAUGCCAUUAGGCAUCUUCAUUGCAACAAUCCGCAUUGUGGUGGGGCUCAUGCUACCAAUGCGAGCCAUUCCUUACAUGUCCCGUUUAUUCGGGGGCAAAAUAAUCGUAAAGGGCAAACCACCGCCGCCGGUCUCUGGUGGCAACAACGGCGUUCUAUUUGUCUGCACUCACAGAACUCUAAUGGACCCCGUUGUCUUAUCCACAGUGCUCGGACGUAAAAUUCCUGCCGUAACAUACUCCAUUUCAAGAUUGUCAGAGAUACUAUCACCAAUCCCAACCGUUAGAUUAACAAGAAUCCGUGAAGUCGACGCGGAAAAGAUAAAGAGGGAAUUAGGCAAAGGCGAUCUAGUGGUGUGUCCGGAGGGAACAACAUGUAGAGAACCAUUUCUUUUGAGGUUCAGCGCCCUAUUUGCCGAACUCACAGACCAAAUAGUCCCUGUCGCCAUGAACUACAGGGUUGGUUUCUUCCACGCCACCACCGCAAGAGGUUGGAAAGCUUUGGAUCCCGUCUUCUUCUUCAUGAACCCUAGACCAGUUUACGAGGUCACCUUCUUGAACCAAUUGCCGGUUGAAGCCACUUGCUCUUCUGGUAAAAGCCCCCACGAUGUCGCAAACUACGUUCAAAGAAUCUUGGCGGCUACGUUAGGGUUUGAGUGCACCAACUUCACCAGGAAGGACAAGUACAGGGUGCUCGCUGGGAAUGAUGGAACGGUGUCGUAUAUAUCUUUUGUUGAUCAGGUUAAGAAAGUGGUGAGCACUUUCAAGCCGUUUUUUCAUUAAAUGAUGAUUUAAUUAAUGAAAAUAGUUGAGAUUUGUUUAUCUUUUUCUUUUUUGUAAUUUGGCUUGAUUAAUUUCUUGAUAAUAAUUUAUCUGUACGUGGGGUUGUUUUAAUGAUUUUUGGUUUUGCAAAUGGCGAGCAGCUCUGUAUUAAUAUUCUGAGUUCGUUCAUAUUAUAAAUUUAAAAAAUGAUU